AUAAUAUCCACGCAUGUGCUUUCUCCAUGCACAUGUAUAUAUAUAAUGACGAAGCUGAUAUCCGCUUUUUUUCUCUCUGUUGCAGAGAUGUCCUGCUGCUCGCAGGCCGCCGGAUCCUGUCGGAACGUGUGCUCCAAGAUAUCCUUGGUAGUGCUGGGUGCGCAGAUUGAAGCACGGGAGAACGCCACCCAACGUCUGCUGGAGUUCUGCUCGAUGGAACUGGUGGACUUCUGGAGCUGCGUGAAUUCGACGUUGAAUGAUCUGAAGAGACACGAGAAUUGGUUGGGUCGUGGAUGUUGCCAUCUCGCGCAGAAUCCCACGUGUCGCACGACCUGUGCCCUGUCGGGCUCCAAAAAUGAUUUGGAAGAGUACUGUCGGCCGAGCGAUGAACCCGAGUUCUUCUUCUGCUUGGAGAGACGCGAGGAGGCCGAGCGAUGUUGCAGCAAUGUCUCAAACACCUGCAGGCCCAUUUGCAAGGAUCUAUUUUACAAGAGCGGCAAGCAAUCCAGUUUGAAGUUGUACAGCAGCAUGGGUUGCUUCCAUCAGGUUCCCAAGUGCCUGAAGAGCGUGGCUGAGGUGAAGCACGCCGAGGAUCCCAAGCAACAUCUGCACUGUUGCGACGAGGCGACUACACCAGCGUGCCUGGACACGUGUCGCAAAAUCCUGCACACCGCGACCACCACCCAGGAGAUCAUGGAUGCGCUGACGGAAAACUGCAGUCCUGUAUUUCCGCAGUUGCCCCUGUGGAGCUGCCUAAUGAAGUCCGACUCAUCGAAGCCCGUGCGUUUACCGUUAGACGCCGGCAAACUGGCGUGCUGUACGAACGCGGUGAGUCCCACUUGCCAGAAUUUAUGUUGGCGAGCCUUCCAAGCCGACUGGGAGUCCGCCUGGCCACAGUUGGACGCUGCAUGCCUCUCAUCCAGCUUGGAAGGCGAACUCAGGAGGUGUCUUGAGGACGCGGAUGAUCCUUGUGAGAUGGACUGUUCCGGCCUGUCGUAUUGCGCGCGGUUCAACAACAGACCCACUACACUCUUCAGAACAUGCACGGCUGCAGCAGACGAGGCCGCUAAGUGGGAGGCUGACCAUUGGUCUCGAGGUAGCAUCAUUCGCGGAUUGGGUGUGCCUGUGCGCGCCGCCGCUUCUUGUCCAGCGGAGACUCUCCGCGCCGCCGCUUGUCUUCUGCAGCUACGACCUUGCGAAAGCAGGGUUCACGAGACGCGACUUUGUCGUGAAGACUGCCUGGAGUUGAUGGCCAGCUGCGUGGACUGGAGCGCGAUCGAUGGACCCCACACCGCGGCUACUCUGUGCGCUAAAUUGUCGCCAGCUAGACCAGAUGCACCAUGCGUUUCAUUGGGACCAUUCCUGAAGGAUCCGCAGGACAUCGAUGGCGGUGAUAACGGCAACGACGACGAAUCCGUUAUUCUUCCCGAGGAGGAUAUCACGACACCUUGCAAGCCAAAUCCGUGCCCACAAGGGCAGCUCUGCGUGCUCCAGCCGAACGGCGUUAAGGUCUACCGCUGUCUGCCGGCUUGCUCGCUGGGAGAGAUGUCGAAGCAGCUAGUGCCGGUUGGCUCUUGGAUUCAAAUCCCACGAAUCGAUCAGCACGGCUGCCUGAAUAUCUGCCAAUGUACGACACAUGGUUUGGACAAGUGUCGUGUCCUCAACUGCUUCAUCUUCAAGUCCUGCUGGGUACACGACCGGUUCGUCGCUCACAAGGCCAACUUUUACCUUGAAUGCAACCCUUGCCACUGCUUCGAAGGCGAGUUCACGUGCUCCAAGAAGAGCUGCGGCGAGCCGCGUGCGCCGUCUCUACCCUGCGACUGUUCGGCUCACUAUGUUCCCGUCUGCAGCAGACUAGGUUUGACCUUUGCGUCCGCUUGUUUAGCGAAGUGUGCCGAAGUGUCGACAACGGAGAUAGAGUUUGGCAGCUGUUCCAGCAGAGAUCCCUGCGCUUCCAAUCCCUGUGGCAGUGCGGAAAAGUGCGUCCGCAGACCUCGAGUCUGUUUGUCGCGUCUGCACAAACCCUGCCGGCAGUACGAGUGCGUGCCGAUGGAUUGUAAUCCGCGGGACGAGUCCAGUGGGCCCGUCUGUGAUCGGGAGAAUCGCCAGUAUCCUUCCGUCUGCGCGAUGAUCCGAGCUGGAGCGAGUCUGAGCUACAGAGGACCCUGCUUGAGAGGCUGCAGUCUUCGGGGUCCGGUGUGCGGCAUUAACGGCGAAAUUUACGCCAACGAGUGCGCCGCAUGGGCCGAUAGAAUCGUCGUGGAUUAUCAAGGUCCCUGCGUCGCCGUCGGCCUCAUCGGAGACGCGGUGAAGCCUCGUUGCGGCGACGCUGUUCAGUGUCCCCCGUUGGCGGAUCCGUACUGCAUCGGAGUCACUCCUCCUGGUGCUUGUUGUCCCGUUUGCGGAGGUGCCGCCAAAUUAUUUUACUCCAAAAAGCAGUUGGAGCGAAUCUACUAUUUGAUGGACGAAGAAGCUGAUAAAUAUUCCGUCACGUUGGAAGUUCUUCUGGCCGCUCUGGGUCGUCAGCUGCACGUGGCGCAGUGCGCUGUUCGCGGCAUGCUGACACCCGAUCUUGACGUCUUCAUCAUCGUGCAGCCGGUCAUGAAGAAACCGUCGGCGUUGCAGCUGCGAGCCUGUGUGACGGAAACGGAAAAGCUGGUCACUAGGAUCUCGGAAAGGAGUUCCAGGAUAGUGGCAGAGAUCUCACUGGGCUCGCUGACCCGCGCCGAAGUAGCUCACAGUUACGUUUCAAGUGCCAUGACAAUUCGAGUUUGGCUCGCGACUGUCGUCGUUACGAGCGUUAUCGUCGUGUUGAACAUUUUGUCGUAAGCGUAAUUACGUCGACAAGAGAAUGAGAUAUGUCGCUUAUAUCGUACCGUACCAAUGCUGUCUCGAGGUUAGAGUAUGCGCGUUUUUUUUUCUUAAUUGGUCGCAUAAAGCACAUACGUGCGCAUUUAUCAUCAUAGUAUAUCUCGGUUCGAGUCAAGAAUCCGCAGUCGUAAGUGACGUAUCUUACUUUCUCUCGUUCUUCCUCGACGUUAACAGCGUCUCUACCUAAUCGCGAUGCCAUUCGUGACGGCGAAUGGUCUACAGCGUGUCUCGUGUCUGUGAUUCUUCUAGUGCCUCCGUAAUAUAUAGCAGUAUGAUAUAUAUUUUUAAUUGUCGAUUAAUAUUGCCAAAGAGAGAAGAGUAUAUAACAUGACAGGUGUACAAAGAUGUAGGAUUUACCGCGAGUGCAUAUCGUCCGUCGCAAAUAUGUCGAGAACACAUGCUCAUUGUAAGUUGUAAAUAAACAAGACAUCGUAAACUUAAGUUACCAGUUCGCAGAUAUCGUGACAUAUUAUCGUAUGUCGCAGAUAUGACUUUUACACAGAGCGCAUCCUUCAGAGAAACCGAAAAUGAAGUAUUUUAAAUUUUCUAAGAGUUUGGCUGUUAAUUUUAGCUAUACGACAGUAGAAAUCAAUACAGAAUUCUAUUAAAAAAAAAAAAAAAA